UCAUUUUUGUUCAAAGCAAUCUGCUUGAGCAUUCGAGCACAAAUUGGUAGGUUAGUCUACUUUCAUGUCCACAGUGCAGUCGGCCAAAACACUGCAACUGAGCGGUCGGUGGAAAAGUUUCGCGGCAGAAUGUUCUCGCUCGAGCGCGCGACUCCUGUCUCCGCAAUAGGAGUAGGCCCGUCGCUUAUGUCUGCCUACCCUCCGGCUAUUCAACGCAGUUCCACAUUCCUGUCUGCUUACCGUACUUGGAUUCCUACGGUGGUGGUGAAGAAUGGACUCGUCAAAAGCAACUGCCGGAGCUUCCUCAUCGAUGUAAGAACCUACAGCGGAAGAUGCUUACAGCCUACUAUAACCACUUUUGAUCCUUUGGGUUUGAACCCUGAGACAUCUUCAAGUUUAGGUGACGCAUGGGAUAGUUUUCUGCAAUUAUUUACGCAAACUUUUGAAAGUACAUCUAAUACAAAGAAAGAGUUAUCAUCAAAUAGAGGAGUAGCAGCUGCAAUUGAAGACAGCUCGAUUGACCUUGGUGACUUUUUUAAAGGCCCCCUCCCUGGGAAGUUCCUAAAGUUGUUAGGAUACUUAGCUUUGUCUCGGCUUGGAAUAUAUAUACCUAUUGGUGGAAUCAACCAAGAAGCCUUUGUUGGUAACUUGGAUCAGAACAGUCUUUUGAGCACCUUGGAUUCACUUUCUGGUGGUGGCAUUGGUCGGUUGGGAAUCUGUUCUCUCGGCAUUGUUCCUUUUAUCAACGCGCAGAUUGUAUUUCAGCUUCUAACACAGGUUUUCCCUAAGUUGCAAGAACUUCAAAAGAGGGAAGGAGAAGCUGGCAGGAAGAAAGUCCUUCAAUACACACGGUAUGCAUCGGUUGGGUUUGCGGUGGUGCAGGCUAUUGGCCAAGUAAUUUACCUACGUCCCUACGUCGAUGACUUCAGCAUGAAAUGGGUGUUAUCUUCAGUAACGUUAUUGACAGUGGGAUCAGUUUUGACUACAUAUAUUGGAGAGAAGAUAUCAGACCUAAAACUUGGAAAUGGAACUUCACUUUUGAUAUUCACGAGUAUUAUAUCAUACUUACCUGCAUCAUUUGGAAGAACAGUCUCCCAGGCAUUUCAGGAUGGAAAUUACAUUGGAUUGACUACUAUUGUAAUUUCAUUCUUUGUAUUAGUUCUUGGUAUUGUGUAUGUACAGGAAGCGGAGAGAAAAAUACCGCUUAAUUAUGCUUCAAGAUACAGCAGCAGAAGUGGAGGCCUUCAAAAAGCUGCAUACCUACCUUUUAAGGUGAAUAGUUCUGGUGUGAUGCCUAUCAUAUUUUCAACAUCUUCUUUAGCUUUGCCCGGUACUCUGGCACGUUUCACUGGUUUAGAUGCUCUUAAAAAGGCUACGCUUGCCUUAAAUCCAGGAGGUCCUUUUUAUCUUCCAACAAAUAUAUUGCUGAUAGCUUUCUUCAACUAUUAUUAUACCUUUCUACAAUUAGAUCCCGAUGAUGUGAGUGAACAGUUGAAACGCCAAGGUGCUUCAAUUCCUCUUGUUCGGCCAGGAAAAAGCACUGCUGCUUUCCUUAAAACUGUUCUAAGUCGCAUAUCUAUAUUGGGUUCUGCAUUCCUAGCCAUCCUUGCUUCCGGUCCAGCCGUGGUCGAACAAAUCACUCACCUGACUGCCUUUCGCGGCUUCGCCGGAACAUCUGUGCUCAUCCUUGUUGGUUGUGCUACUGAUACGGCGAGGAAAGUUCAAGCAGAAAUCAUUUCUCAAAAGUACAAGAACAUAGAAUUCUAUGACCUUGACAAGUAUGGACCCUGAACUUCUAUUUUAUUUAUUGCAAGCCUUCAAUUAACCUGUUGUUGAUGAUUUAAUUGUUUCUGUGGUAAAAAUGUGUACAUAACAUUUGUAAGGAGGCUGCCAUUUUGAUGUGAAUAUGUUC